AUGAAUCCGAAUCAGUACAUCUGGAUCCUCAAUGAAGCUUCCCAGUCUUCAGAGGGCAGCGACUUUGAUUCUGCUGGUGGGGCAGUCGAUGGGAACAAAGACCUGAAACUCUGUACCCUCAGCAAAGAAGAGUCUGAUCCUUGGUGGAGGGUAGACUUAGAGAAGGUGUACAAAAUAUCUGCUGUAACGAUAACCAACCGUGAUGUAAAUUCAAUCAGUCUGAACGGGGCUGAAAUCUGGAUUGGAAACUCAAUGGAGACUUAUGACAGCAAAAACGUCAGAUGUGCAGUCAUUUCUCACAUCCCGGGCGGACGCACAUUCUACUUUUCAUGCAGCGCUACAGAGGGACGCUACGUCACUGUUCUUCUCCCGGGAAGCAAGAAGGUUCUGAGUCUCUGUGAAGUUGAGGUGUUUCCUGUAACAAAUCCUGUAUCCAACGUGGCACUGAAAGGAGAAGCCACACAGUCAUCAACGCUCUCUUUCGCCACGGCUUCCAAAGCCAUUGAUGGAAGACGAAACUCAUACUACACCAGUGGGUUUUGUAGCCACACUCUCGAGAACCAGGCCGACCCGUGGUGGAGGGUGGACCUGCGAAAUACAUUGAUAAUCACAUCUGUCAAAGUCACAAACAGGGGAGACUGCUGUGCUGAGAGACUGGAUGGAGCAGAGAUCCGAAUCGGGAACUCACUGGAGAACAAUGGAAACAACAACCCCAGGUGUGCCUCCAUCUUCAACAUCAGAGCGGGUAAAACCUACACUUACUACUGUGAUGGCGGCAGCAUGGAGGGGCGCUUUGUGAAUGUUAUAAUCCCAGGGAAUAUGAAGACCCUCACCCUGUGUGAAGUGGAGGUGUAUGGUGCCCCAGAAGACUUGUCAGCUGAGCACAAUGUUAGUGCUGUCACCAUCACCAACAGUUUGUCUUCCAAGAUUGAAGGGGCAGAGAUCUGGAUCGGUAACUCUGAGCACGAAACCCAAAACACCAGAUACAUAAUGCAAGACACUUGGUUCUGGAUGUCUGGUGAUUCCAUGAAAUUCACCAAAUGGCCGCGAAACAUCGCCCCUCUCCGUAUCUCCAGCCCGUGCGGAGGCGUUGACGGAGGAGGGCUCCACCUGUGGGGGGACCGGCCAUGUGAGGAGCCCCUCAACUUCAUCUGCCAAUCAGGUGCUGAGCUGGGAGCAAAGAGAGUGUACUUCCACAGCAGCAACACAGCCACAAGCCCUUAGUAAGGGACCAAACUAUUGGAAGCUGUGUUUUGAAGUUAGAAAUAGUGAUUUUAAACUUUCUGCACAUGUUGUAAGAAUAGAUUAGCUAACAGAGGUGUGGACUCAGGUCACAUAACUUGUACAGACUGAAUUGAGUCACGAAUUUGAGGACUGAAGACUUGACAAAAUUAAAAAGACUUGCAAAUCGACCAUUGAUUUGUGAUUUUACUUAAACAUUCGCCUUUUGACUUGACAACACCCGAUAAUUCCCUCCCAAAAAUGUAAGGAUGUCAUUAAAAACGUGUCCCACUAGUAAUUCAUCUGA